AAUUUCAUAAAUUGAAGUUACUUCGCUAAUUGUGAAUUAAACGUUCAAUGACCGCGUUCCUUACAAUUUAAACAAAAAAGCGGGAAAUUUAAAAAACACGAUGAUAAAAACCUGUUCAAAAGAAGUGAUCAAAGUAUUGCAUUGUAUAUAUUGCGUCAAUAAAACGAAAAGAAAAGGAUCAAGAUUUUCACAACAAUGAUUUUGUAAUAUGUGGUAUUCAACAGGUUGUACGAUUCAGUAAACGAAUAGUAAGAGUAAAGGAUAUUGGUUAAUGAAAGCCUUUUGCGAUAUUCUUAUAUAACGAGAUAAUUUUGAAUAUAAUGAUAGUGAAGUAAUAAUAAGAAAAUCGUGUAAAUCAUUGAGGCAACUAAUUUAUGAUCCUAAUCGAUAUUCACGUUUUAAAAGUUUAAUGUAAAAAUAAAUUAAUAAUAUUCAAAUAAAGGCCAUAAACAAUGUUGUAAAUAAUUUACGCAAUAAUGGACUAAUUCUCUGGAAUGAAAAUGAAGUGUUUCAGGACUUUUUUUAAACGUACCUGGCAUCCGCAACAGAUAAACAACAAUAAUUCGUCAAUAUUUGAAAGUAUUAAAACAAAUGUUCAGAAUACCAAUGCAAUGGAAUUAAAAGAAAUGGACGUGGUCGCACCGACACAGAGUGUCGCAACAUUGACAGUUGUGCAACCAGGAAGUAUACCAUGUCAAAAUAGUGGUUGCAAAAACUGGAGAACCCAUGGUGUACCAGAAAAUCCCUGGCAUGAACUCAAAACUAUAUUUCUUGUUUCUAUUAUUGUUACAUUAAUUUUCUGGAUAAUGAUUUAUGCGUUACUAGCACAAUAUCAGAUAUUCUGAUGAACAAUAUAUGGGAACAUGAACAGCAUGGACAAAAUCUAAAUUGAUUUAGGUUUUUUGUACAAAAAAUACUUAAUUCAUACGAUCAAAAAAAAGAUUAAUCUGAUGUAUAAUUUGACUGUAUAUAUUGAUUAUUAGAAAUAAUUAUUUGAUAUAUUUAUAUAUAUACUUAUCUAAUCAUUAGAUUUUAAUAUAAUAUUCAUAAUCAGUAAUUUGCAAUGAUUUUGAAAUUACUUUUUAUAAUUAUAGCUAUAAACAAACGUAUAAUAUC